AUGUCCCGCACCGUCCCAUCCGCCGCGUCCCUCCUGCGCGCAGCUUCAGCCCCCGCGCCCGCUCUCGCCGGCCGCAGCUCCCAGCUCGCCCUGAGCGCAUCUCGCGCCCAAUUAGGAUCCAAAUCCACCUUACACACCUCUCGCCCUUCCCUCGUUCCCCAGACGACCAACACAAUCUCCAUCGAUCCCCGGAUCAUCGAUGGGAGCGCCGGGUUCCUGCCUAAAGAGAAUGUAGACCGCCUGGUCGAGUGGCAGACCGGCUUAUGGGAGAGGUUAGCUGCGGAAGUCCGGAACAAUCCCGGACUGCGGGAAGUCAAGCAAAAGUGGGACAGGGGACGGUUGGACAUGACCGCCUUAUUGGCGUUGACGGCCAAGGACCCGAGUUUGACCUUGGCGUUCAAUUAUGCGUCGGCUCUGCUCAAUAACAGCUAUUUCUUGGAGAGCAUAAACCCAUCAGACGAGCAAUCCGUUUCUAGCUUUGCCGAGCAGAACGCUGCGGCCCUAAAGGAGAAGGUAGAAGCGUACGCAGAUGGGAUCAUCGGCGGCGGAUGGCUCUGGCUCGUCCGUACAGGCGUCAACUAUACCGACCUCGACAUCCUCCCGACUUUCGGCGCCGGCACCCUCCUCAUCACCCAGCGCUCCCAAAUCGGGCGAGACAAUGUCCCCAUCUUCGGUACCCCUUCUUCUUCAUCCUACCCAUCCGACGCCUCCCCCUCAUCCUCCGAACCCCUGUCGUCCGCGGACACACUGGCCGACAAGCCCCCAGCUACUCCGACCCGGCCACCCCUCAAUCAAGCGACAGCGGCGCAGCAAAUGAAGGGACGAGCGUUAGAACAGCGGCAACUGGAUGCGCGCAGUCCGAUUCUGCCGGUCCCCCUGGCGGUGCUGAAUCUGCACGAGAUGGCGUAUCUGGGAAGCAAGUAUGGGGUUUGGGAUAGGAGACGGUAUGCGGGGGACUGGUUUAGGAGCUUGGAUUGGGCGAGGAUCAGCGUGCGGGCCAAGAGCGGGUAG